AUGCUGGGCUUGUGGGAAGAGGCAGCUCGUGAUUUUCACGUUGCAUCAACUUUGGAUUUUGACGCGUUCAAGCAGGUUUCUGAAGAUGCUUCUGUUUCAAAAGAUGGAGAAGUCCCCCCGAUCCAUUCUGGUAGCGAGUUGGAAGAGAAACUCAGGACUCGAAACUUCUUUUUUAUGAAAGUGGAAAUCGACGAGGCUAGAGAGGUUGUUGCUGAAUGGAACAUCAGUAGCAUCACGACCUUCUUCUUCGUCAGAAAUGGUGAGGAGGUGGAUCAGCUCGUCACCGUGGAUAAAGACAUGCUCGAGCAGAAGAUUGCUCAGCAUGCCUGA